UAAGGCACCGGUGCUGAUCAAGAACAAAGCCUAGCCUGUGUAAUUGUUAAGGGAAACCUAAUGUCUAAUGUUAUAAGUUGCGGCAAUUAAAACUACACACUGUUUUGUGUAUUUAUUGUUAGCAAUUAAUGUAGAUAUCUGUGUUUUUCAUCAUUUUUAACACCAGUGUAGCUUAGUGAGUAAAGAAUGUUCGUGGAUUCAACUUUGGAACAGCUUCAGGCAGCAGUCGAAAAUGCGGACGUGAGCAUUGGCACUGUCGCGUUGGUAACUACGACGCUGGUCUUGAGUGCUACUUUAGCAUAUCGCACAUUGUUAGGGGAAAAGAGUACUGGAAAGCGUCCGCCACAUAUACCUUCCAGCAUCCCGUUUUUGGGUCAGGCUGUUAGUUUUGGAUCUAGUCCUAUUGAGUUUCUUUUGGCAGCAUAUGAAAAGUAUGGCCCUGUCUUCAGCUUCACCAUGGUUGGGAAGACGUUUACUUAUCUUGUUGGAUCAGAUGCUGCUGCAUUGCUUUUUAACAGCAAAAAUGAAAAUCUGAAUGCUGAGGAUGUCUAUAGUCGUUUAGUGACACCAGUUUUUGGAAAAGGAGUUGCCUACGAUGUGCCUAAUCCAAUUUUCAUGGAACAAAAAAAGAUGUUUAAAACUGGCUUAAACAUUGCUAGAUUCCGUGAGCAUGUGACUAUUAUUGAAGAUGAAACAAGAGACUAUUUUAAGCGAUGGGGAACUAGUGGAAAACAGGAUAUUUUUCAAGCCCUUUCCGAACUCAUCAUUUUGACUGCAAGUCAUUGCUUACAUGGUCGUGAGAUUCGUUCACGCUUGGAUGAACACGUUGCUCAGUUAUAUGCAGACUUAGAUGGGGGUUUUACUCACCUUGCAUGGUUAUUACCAGGAUGGCUGCCAUUUCCAAGCUUUCGCAAAAGAGACAGAGCUCAGGUGGAAAUGAAAAAAAUAUUCCAUGAAGCAAUCGCCAAGAGAAGAGCAGAUCCCAAUCCUGAUGAUGACAUGCUGCAGACACUCAUAGAAUCUAAAUACAAAUCAGGGCAAAGUUUAACUGAUGAUGAAAUAUCAGGAAUGCUGAUUGGACUUCUGCUAGCAGGACAGCAUACCUCUUCCACCACAAGUUCUUGGCUUGCUUUCUUUUUAGCUAAAGAUAAGAAACUCCAGGAACAAGUGUAUGAAGAACAAAAGCGUAUAUGUGGUGAUUCUUUGGCACCUGUAGAUUAUGAUCAAUUAAAAGAGAUGCAAGUGCUGGAUCGUUGUCUAAAGGAAACUCUGAGACUACGUCCGCCAAUUAUGACUAUGAUGCGCAUGUGCAGGACACCUCAGACGGUUCUCGGCUAUACUAUUCCUCCUGGUCAUCAAGUGUGUGUUUCUCCUACUACUAACCAUCGUCUUCCAGAUACAUGGAAAGAUUUUGACAAGUUUAUGCCAGAUAGAUUUCUUGACCCUGAUGUGUCCAACAGUGAAAAGUUUGCAUAUAUUCCAUUUGGGGCUGGACGUCACCGUUGUAUAGGAGAAUCUUUUGCAUAUGUACAGAUCAAAACUAUCUUCUCAGUUCUUAUACGAACUUACGCCUUAGAUCUAGUUGAUGGCUACUUCCCUGAGGUUAAUGUUUCCACCAUGAUCCAUACACCAACCAAUCCAGUAAUUAGCUAUAAACUUAGAGACAAAUAAACCUUAUAGUUAGUUUAUUGUGGGGUUUUUCUGUUAAUGCAUUUCAGCAUUAUUUUUAGCAUUGAUCAACAUUAAGUGGUUGUGCUACAUCUAAUUUAAUAAAGUCUGAUUUAUGAAUCAGUGCUAAUUUUUUUUAGAUGGAAGUCGAAUCUUAGAAGAAAAAAACUCAGCUAAAGGCUGUAUUAAUAAUUAUAGCAAUAUACUGUAGGCCUACGUGUUACUUAAACUUUGGCUUAUGAAAUGGAUAAAAGCAAAUUAUCACAUUUUAACUGUUCUGUAGCUAUUUUACAACUUAACUUAUACAAUAUUUGUUUUGCUUUUUUAAGGCUUUGUAUUAAAAUUUAUGAAAACUGUUGAUUCUUUAAAUAUUAUAUUAACCCAUAUUUAUUUAAAUUGGUUUUUGCAACAUAAUGGUAAUUAACAAGAACAAUGUUUGAUUUUUUUCUAGGGGUUAGUACAUUUCUAAUGGUUUACUAUUUCUAGAAAUAUUUAUAUAUUUUUCACUGCAUUUGUCAAUUUGAUUGUGCUUAAAAUAGUUUAUUUAAAUGGGUAAAGUGACUUCUUUUUUCCUAUCAUAAAUGUGCAUGUGUGUUGUUUUUUGAAGGUUAUUCUUCAUCAUCAGUGUUUGUUAAUUCACAGACUAUCAAGUUGAUUGAGCAAUUGAGAUGAUUUUUGACAAAUUAUAUAUCCAUUCUAUGAACAAAAUUAUGCAAUCAGAAAUAGUUUCUGUGUUCUAAAUAUAUUUAUAAUUACAUAUAACCAUGAAUAAUCAAUUUUCUAAUAAAACUUUUGUUUGCAAGUAAUGAAUUAUCAUUUUUUAAGCUUGUACUUACAUUUAAAAUUAUAUGGAAACAAUUUAAAAUUAUUUUUCUGCUAGUAACAUUUUAAAAGUGUAUGAAGUUUGAAAUUCAUAUAGAAACUUCUGUAAUGAAACCCAAAAUUUUGAAUAAACUUUUCUUUUUCAUGUUAUGUUCAUUAUUUUUUUAUAAUAAAUAAUUAACAGGUUUUCCAAAAAUGUUAUUGAAGUGCAUUGUAAUCAUUUAUUAAAUCACUUAAAUAACUGGUUAUGUUAAUAGUCUGGUGGAUGAAGUAACACUUGGAAAAUAGUGAACAUUUUGGGAAAAACUAAUUGGGAAAAUUCAUGAAUAAAUGAGGUGUGUUUAUUUUAUUUUGAGUCUCAUUGUUCACAACAGUACAGCACUUAACAAAGCAAAGAACAAUCCAUGAGAUGAGAACAGUGUUAUAAAAAUACCCCAUG